UUUCUACGCUUAAACUGUCAGUUUAUAUUUCACGUUAUAUUUUUACAACGAAAACUUGAGCUAUGGCUGAUAACGGUAACAUAAGCGCUAAUAUUUAUCGUAUGCUUUUGUAAUUUAUGGCUAUUAUAAUAGAACUUUUGCUUUUUCAAGUUAAUAAAGACAUCACCAUGGCUAACAAUGAAGCAGACGAAGUGCCUAAUGGUGACGGAGUUGCUAAUAAGGGCGGAGACAGAGGUUCCCCACCGCCUGCCGCUACUCCACCCCCUGUGAAUGAGGACACUCAAGAACUAAUUGUCGUUAACGAAAACACAGAAGAGUUAGAUUUAAACCAUGGCAGAAUCGGGAAAAUUGAAAACCUAGAACCUCUAAGGAACUUGGAAAGAUUAUACCUAAGAUGGAAUCUAAUUAAAAAAAUAGAGGGUUUGGAUACUUUGAGUACUCUUGUUGAAUUAGAGUUGUAUGACAAUCAGAUAGUUGUGAUAGAAAAUUUGGAUAAUCUUGUCAAUCUCGAGAUUCUAGAUUUAUCUUUCAAUAGAAUCAAAGAAAUCACUGGCCUUGAGAAUUUGUUGAAUCUCAAAAAGUUGUUUCUCAGUUCCAACAAGAUCAGUGAAAUAAAGAAUGUGAACCAUCUACCUAAACUAGAGCUUCUAGAGUUGGGUGAUAACAGAUUAAGGGAAAUCAAGAACCUUCAAGGUUUAUCAUCACUGAAGCAACUAUAUUUAGGUAAAAACAAAAUUUCCCAAAUACAAAAUCUGGAGGACUUAACUAACCUUGAAAUCUUAGUCUUGCAAAGCAAUCGCAUCAGCAAGAUCGAAAAUCUGGAACAACUGACUAAUUUAGAACAGUUGUAUUUGUCAGAGAAUGGUAUUACAGUUAUUGAGAACUUGGAAAGUCAAGGCAGAUUACAAACUUUAGACAUGGCAAUGAACAGAAUCUUGGUUAUAGAAAAUGUGAGACAUAUGAGCAAUUUGGAAGAGUUAUGGUUAAACGACAACCAAAUAGCAGACUGGUCAUCAGUAGAAUACUUGAAGGAUAAUAAGAAACUAGCUACAAUAUACUUGGAAAGAAACCCAUUGGCAUCGGAUCCAGCGUAUCGGCGGAAAUUGAAACUUACUCUGCCCUGGUUGCAACAGAUAGACGCGACUUUGUGUAGAUAAGAAUUUCUUUAUUCAUAAUAAUUGUAGUUAGUUUAGUAUGCGAAAUUGGACUUUGUUGCGUGUGAACAAAAUUGAAAUUAGUAUGAAAGCACAAUUCAUGAGAUAGCAAUUUGCACACAAUAUGUGGAUUCGAUCUUAUCGGUUUGAUUAUAUAGAAUGAAUAAAAUCUUGUUUUCUUAUAGUUCUUGGUAGGAUUCAAAAUUCGAAAGAUUAAAAUGCUUAAAAUCAAACAGUCCAAUUUCACAUAAACUAACACUAUACUAUUAUAAAUCGAGAUCACAUCAGUAUAAGAGUUGUUUGAUUGGUUAAACUAAAAGAAUGACUGCUUUCACAAAGAAAUUCAUAAUAAUCACAGUGACAAUAUUAAAAAUUAUAAAUAAUUACAAAUGACAGUAAUUCAAACAUUAACUAAUAAAUUUACUCCAUACUUACUGCGUUCAAGUCUCAGGCAUAGUUUACAUGUAAUGGUUUUGUCUAUGUGGGUGUUCACAAAGUACUAAGUCUAAGGUUCAUCAUAAACAUAUCUAACAACAUUGACCAUGAUAUCUACAUAAAUAAAAUCUAGAACUUGAAUUAGUUAUCUUAAUUUAAAAUUUGAUUAAAGCCUAACAGCAGCGCAUCAUAUAUAUACUGAAUUACACCGUAAUGAUUUUUUAAUUUAAGGUUCAAUAUAGUAAUUUGUGAGUUUUGCAUAACAUGCUGUUGACUUUACGUAGCGUUAAAAAUUAGUAAGUUGAAGUGAAAAAAGAUGUCAUCCAGUCUAUUGUUCGUUAUAUAUUGUGUAGCUAAUAUUAUUAUAUUUAUUACGAUUUGUUUGUAUUAUGUGUUACAUUUGGUCAGUCUCGUAGAAUGUCGUAUUAACGUUAUAUGUAUCUAUAGUUAUUAAGUACAUUUAAUUAUAUCUAUACUAAUAUUAUAAAGCUGAAGAGUUUGUUUGUUUGAACGUGCUAAUCUCAGGAACUACUGGUUCGAAUUGACAAAUUCUUUUUGUGUUGAAGAGACCAUUUAUCGAGGAAGCCUUUAGGCUAUAUAACAUCACGUUGCAACUAUUAGGAGCGAAGAAAUAAUGGAAAACGCGGACGAAGUCGCUGGCGGCCACUAGUUAUUUAUUAAUGUGGAAAAAAGGUUAUACAGAAAAUUGAUUUUUUUUUUUUUAAAUAAUAAAAUUGCAAUGCAAAUAACAUUAAACUAGUCGGAUAUACAUAUGUACUUUGGAAGAAAUAUUUGCUUACUUUAAAAGUAAAAAAGUAUCUUAAACGAAAACUUAAAAAAAAAUUCCGUGAAGAUAAACGUUGCGUUAAGACGUCAAUAUCAAUACCAUAAUCUAAUCAUACUUUUGUUACAAGUAAACCAAGAUGCCUUGAUGCAAGCCGUCGUUAUCUUAAUCCAAACAAAUCUUUGGAUCUCUUAAAUUAAGCCUUUUCUC